CCCGCCGCCAUCUUGUGCCUGGGCGAGUCGCGCAGCCUGGCGGGCCGCCAUGGAGACAGAUGAUACAGGAAAUCGACUUCGGUUCCAGCUGGAGUUAGAGUUUGUUCAAUGUCUGGCAAAUCCAAAUUACCUCAACUUUCUUGCACAACGAGGCUACUUCAAAGACAAAGCUUUUGUAAAUUAUCUUAAAUAUUUACUUUAUUGGAAAGAACCUGAAUAUGCAAAAUACCUGAAGUAUCCUCAAUGUUUGCAUAUGUUAGAGCUGCUCCAAUAUGAACAUUUCCGCAAAGAACUGGUAAAUGCUCAGUGUGCUAAAUUUAUUGAUGAGCAACAGAUUCUUCACUGGCAGCACUAUUCACGGAAAAGAAUGCGCCUCCAGCAAGCACUUGCAGAGCAGCAGCAACAGAACAACACGUCUGUAAAAUGAAAAACGCUUGGAAGAGUGAUGAUAAGGUGUACUUUGUGUCAGUUGAAGUAUUUACAAGACAGGAAUGAACCCUUUUGUAGGUUUCCCUCUGGAUGUGUGUACACUUAAUUUUUGAUUUAUCAAGUGACUGGGGUUUUUUUUUUCUUUCAUCAACUUUUUUAAAGAUACAAGACUGAUAAACACCUACUUCUGCAAUUUAUUUUGUAGCAUGGACAAUUCUGUAAGACCAUUACUUACUGUAGUUAUUGAUUCCUCUUGAUUUUGAAAACAAAACAUAGUUUUGAGGGCACUGACAUUUAAGUAUCUAACACAAAGUGUAGCUCAGAAUCUGUUCUUAGGAGGCAUUUUCCCUGGAGAGUAAUGAUGUGUCUCAAACUGUGGCUAAGAACUCCAUCAUGUACUACUUUUUACAACUGCACGAUGAGCAAAGUUGAAGUGAUGAUACUGUACAAAAUCUAAAUUGUGGGGUUUUGCCUUGUCAUUUCUGUUUACCUGGUAAUCAUCGUUGCUGGGGUCUUACAGGGUUUUCCUUACGGCAUGUUUUAGAGAUAGAAAUCAAAGUGUGACAAGACAAGGACUGCAGGAGUGGGGCAGAGAUAAGUAAAAAUAAACUUUGCAGAUGCUCAACGGAAGGAAAUAGGCUGUAGCUGUAUCUAUUCCAUUAAAGUCAGCUUACUUUAAUCUUGGUUUUAUGCCAGUGAAAUAGUGGCUGCUCUCAGGCUUCUCUACACUGCAAUUGUAAAGGUGUAAACGCUUGCAGUAUUGGAGAAGCAUUUGCCAUUUAUUCCUGUAUAGUUUUUAUUGUAAGAACAGGGAUCUUGGCAGCUGUCAGGGAUUUAAUUUUCAUAUUUUAGAUUGUAUUUGUGCUGCAUUCAUGUUGUAUUUCAUAUCCUUGUAGGAGCAGGUACUGCAACUGUUAACCCUUAACAUGUGAUCAGUGACACCAGGACUGUCAGCCUUCAGCUUAUCAUACUGAACAGAUAAGCCAUUAAACAUCUCUGGUGCUGAAAAUUUUCUCUUGACAGCUUCAGUAGCUAUGUAAAGUCAGAUUUAGGAAGAAUAAGCAGGAUUUUCUGUUUCUUCUAACCCCUGCCCCCCCUUACUCACUAUUAAAGGUAUAACUUAGCAGUUAAGUCUUAAGCUUCAGUAGCUGUAGGCUGCUCCUUC